AUGUACUUCAGAUGUUAUUCUACCUAAAUUAUUUGUUCAACAGCUGUUGGAAAUGAUGGUCUUUGCUUUUGGGAGGUUGGUUCUACUACAAAUAAUAAUACAGCAAAAUGUAGAUUACUUUCUUGUGCUGAUAUUCAAAAUGGAACAUCCAUCAGUGUUUGUUAAGCUGCUUUACCAUCUUGUAUUUCAAAUGGAACUGUUUGUAUCCCAAAGGCUAAAUGUUCAACUUACACAACUAAAACAGCAUGCAAUUUUGGUGGAUUAGAUGGAAUUUGUGUAUUUACAUAAUCAACUUCUGCAUAGGCUGUAGCUGAUAGUGGAACUUGCACUUUGAUGAAUUCAUGUUCAUCUGCAAAUAAUGAUUAAAAUGCUUGUGUAGCUGCAUAAGAUAGAUGUUCAUGGAGUCCAGCUAGUUCUACAAUUACAAGUAUAUGUACUAAUCAUACAUGUGGUACAUAUAAUUAAGUUAGUGGAACUUGUUCAAGAUUCUUUAAUUGGGAUAAAUAAUCAUAAUAAAUAUGUUCUAUGAUUAAUGGAAUAUGUACAGCAACUGAUCCAUCAACGUUAAAAUAAAGUGAUUGUUUUAAAUUUUCAGGAUACACAUAUACAUGGAAUAGCUCAACAAACAAAUGUUAAGUUUGUACUAAAAAAGAUUAGCCAAAUGGUCCUAUCAAUAACACAAUCAAUGAUACAAAUAACACUAAUACGGCUUAAGGGUUAUUAUUAACAUUCAUCUUAGGCUAUUUGAUGAUUUGA